AUGGGAAUAUCAGACUCGGAUCCUGACUGCAAGCAUUUCAAUAUUUGUAUGAGAAUAUCAGACUCGGAUCCUGACUACACGUACUUCAAUACUUGUAUGGGAAUAUCAGACUCCGAUCCUGACUGCAAGCAUUUCAAUACUUGUAUGGGAAUAUCAGACUCGGACCCUGACUGCAAGCAUUUCAAUACUUGUAUGGGAAUAUCAGACUCGGAUCCUGACUACAAGUACUUCAAUACUUGUAUGGGAAUAUCAGACUCGGAUCCUGACUGCAAGCAUUUCAAUACUUGUAUGGGAAUAUCAGACUCGGAUCCUGACUACAAGUACUUCAAUACUUGUAUGGGAAUAUCAGACUCGGAUCCUGACUACAAGUACUUCAAUACUUGUAUGGGAAUAUCAGACUCGGAUCCUGACUACAAGUACUUCAAUACUUGUAUGGGAAUAUCAGGCUCGGAUAUUUCUAAUCGGACCGGGUGUAUCAGAGUCAUUAACACAAAAAAUAUAGUUGUUGCUGCUCGUAAAUUAGAAUUAUCUUAG